CCCUCAUCCCCUGUCCCCCCGCUCCUCCCCAAAGACCCUCCUUCAGGGACUCUUGCGUUGGGGCUCCCAGCUCCCGGGCUCUCUGGCCACCGCCGGGCGAGGAGUACGGAGGCAUCCGGGGGAGGGGAGUCCCGCGCAGGGCCGGGCUGGGGAAGACGCCUGGGGCACUGCCCCGCGCUAACAAAGGGAACCCGCUGCCUGCCGGCUGGGGCGUGGAGCUGGCUGAGCUACCGCAGCUUCGGCGGCCGAGAGCGCAGCGAGGCCUUGCAACCCCAUCACCUGAUCUUGUGCAUGGCAUUUGCUUCUCACAUUGUGCCCACUACCUUUCCUUUAAGGAAACUGAGUCUACCACCGGUUCCCUUAUUUAUGGGCACGGUAGAGUGAACUGUGUAGAGAUCUGCAAAGAGCAGCUUAGAGAGAAGCAGUGAAGUCCUGGACUGCAGCUGAAAUGAACUGGCCCACUUGAACCUGCCCGAGCCCUGGGGCAAGGCCUCUGUCCCAGCGCUGAGAUGCUUUUUGAUCAUCCUGAGAAAAAUGAGCCUUGGCCUCCAGACCCAAUAAAGCAAACAUUCCUCCCAUGGGGAAUAGUGCUGGUUCCUGAGGAUCUGGAGGGCCUGCAGCCCCAGGGGGAUUAGCCAGAAGCAGGCCUGUUUUCCUGCUCAGGACAGCGUGGCUUCCUUGAAAAUGUCUUUCAUUAUGAUUCACACUAACUUGAAGAAAAAAUUCAGCUGCUGUGUGCUGGUCUUUCUCCUGUUUGCAAUCAUCUGUGUAUGGAAGGAAAAGAAGAAGGGGAGUUACUAUGAGUCCCUUAAACUGCAAACCAAGGAAUUCCAGGUGUUGAGGUUUGGCUCCCAAUCUGUGUCUUCAAGCGGCACCCACAACCCCCAGAGGGGCAGCCAGGCCCUCAGUGGUCCCAAGGCCAAGCCGGAGGCUACCUUCCAGGUGUGGAACAAGGACAGCUCCACCAAAAACCUUAUCCCCAGGCUGCAAAAGAUCUGGAAGAAUUAUCUGAGCAUGAACAAGUACAAAGUGUCCUACAAGGGGCCAGGGCCUGGUGUUAAGUUCAGUGCAGAGGCCCUGCUUUGCCACCUUCGGGACCACGUGAACGUUUCAAUGGUAGAGGCCACAGAUUUUCCCUUCAACACCUCUGAAUGGGAGGGUUACCUGCCUAAGGAGAACAUUAGGACCAAGGCUGGGCCGUGGGGCAGGUGUGCGGUCGUCUCGUCAGCGGGAUCUCUGAAGUCCUCCCAACUGGGUCAAGAAAUAGAUGAUCAUGAUGCAGUCCUGAGGUUUAAUGGGGCACCCACAGCCAACUUCCAACGAGAUGUGGGCACGAAAACCACCAUUCGCCUGAUGAACUCUCAGUUGGUCACCACAGAAGGGCGCUUCCUCAAAGACAGUUUGUACAGUGAAGGAAUCCUAAUUGUAUGGGACCCGUCUGUUUACCAUUCAGAUAUCCCAAAGUGGUACAAGAAUCCCGACUACAGUUUCUUCGAUAACUUCAAGAGUUAUCGUAAGCUUCAUCCUGAUCAGCCCUUUUACAUCCUCAAGCCCCAGAUGCCUUGGGAGCUGUGGGACAUCAUUCAAGAAAUCUCCCCCGAGCAGAUUCAGCCAAACCCCCCAUCUUCUGGGAUGCUCGGCAUCAUCAUCAUGAUGACAAUGUGUGACCAGGUGGAUAUUUACGAGUUUCUCCCAUCCAAGCGCAAGACUGACGUGUGCUACUACUACCAGAAGUUCUUCGACAGCGCCUGCACGAUGGGGGCCUACCACCCACUCCUCUUUGAGAAGAACAUGGUGAAGCACCUCAACCGGGGCACGGACGACGACAUUUACCUGCUUGGAAAAGCCACAUUACCUGGCUUCCGGAGCAUUCACUGUGGAGCAUAAGCUGCCUGGCCAGGCCCCCUCACCCUUCUCCAUCGGGCAUUUUACAGCUGGUCUCCUGGCCACCCUGGGCCCAGGAAGGCUGUUCCU